UGCCGGUGACAGUGGGUCGCUCCAGGCUUGUGUUUACAGCUCGCGCGGAUGCUGUUCCCAAUAGUGCUUCCGACAAAACUCGUCAACUACAAUGUUACGCCAAACGCCUUUUGAGAACAUAUAACGGCGGGGAUAUUAAGGUGAUUUUGCACACCAUCUCCCACCGCUUGUUUCUCUUCCUCCUCUUCCAUUCAUGAGCAAAGUGCCUGAGUGUAAGAGCGACAGCCAUGGAUGACAAGGGCUCAGUGGGGAAGAUUAGCGUGUCGUCGGACUCUGUGUCCACUCUCAACAGUGAGGACUUUGUGCUCGUGUCCCGGCUGGGGGACGAGACGCCCUCGUCCACUAAUAAUGGUAGUGAUGACGAAAAGACAGGAUUGAAGGUGAUUUCUCAGGAAGGGGUCAGCUUUAAGAUUGUAGGAAAUGGAAGUGAACAGCAACUCCAAAAGGAGCUAGAGGACGUCCUCAUGGAGCCGUCAUUGGCUGACGCCAGGCCGGCGGCACUGGUGAAUGCUGGGGAUCUCGCCCUCCCACCCACCACAGCAUCACCUGUAGCACCAGACACUGACCCCCUCAGUGGACAGCCACCCAAGGUGGAGAUGGUGCUUCCUGUUCAGACUGCACAGGAGAGCGAGCUGAAUGAGCGGUCAUAUCGUGGAGGUGAAUCGUCAUCAGACGGUAGCCCUGGUAGUCCGAUACCAGAUGAUGACAGCGUAGUCUUCAGCCAGCUGACGUAUCUUGGAUGCGCCUCAGUCAAUGCCCCCCGCAGUGAGGGUGAAGCCCUCCGUAUGAUGAGCAUCCUCAGAGGGCAGUGUCAGCUCCCAUUGGAUGUCACGCUCUCUGUGCCAGGCGUGUCUGAAGGCACUGUCAGGCUUUUGGACCCCAACAACAGCACAGAGAUUGCCAACUACCCCAUCUAUAAGAUUCUGUUCUGUGUGCGUGGCCAUGACGGCACGCCGGAGAGCGACUGCUUUGCGUUCACAGAGAGCCACUACAAUGCAGAGAUCUUCAGGAUCCAUGUGUUCCGUUGCCAAAUCCAAGAGGCCGUGAGUAGGAUUCUGUACAGCUUUGCAACUGCAUUUCGGCGGUCAGCUAAGAAGGCAGCGGUGGCAUGUCAGCAGUCUGCUCCACUCACACCUGAUAGCGACUUGUUUAUCUUCACUGUCAGCCUAGAAAUCAAAGAGGAUGACGGCAAAGGCACUUUCAGUGCUGUAGCGAAAGACAAGGACAAGCAGACCUUCAAACUACGUGCUGGAAUGGACAAGAAAAUUGUCAUUUAUAUCCAGCAGACAUCCAAUAAGGAACUGGCUAUUGAGCGGUGUUUCGGUCUUCUGCUCAGCCCUGGCAAGAACGUCAAGAACAGUGACAUGCACCUUCUAGACCUGGAGUCAAUGGGAAAAAGCUCUGAUGGGAAGUCUUACAUCAUCACAGGAAGUUGGACCCCCAGUACACCCCAGUUCCAGGCUGUGAACGAAGAAACGCCCAAAGAUAAAUUCAUGUACAUGACAACAGCAGUGGACCUAGUCAUUACAGAAGUUGAGGAGCCGGUCCGUUUCCUUUUGGAGACAAGGGUCCGGGUGUGCUCCCCCAAUGAUCGUCUCUUCUGGCCCUUCAGCAAGCGCAGCCACACUGAAACCUUCUACCUGAAACUGCGACAAAUGGAACGCAAGGAGCGGAAGAGUCCUUCUUCGGACACACUUUACGAGGUGGUGAGUUUGGAAAGUGAGACAGAGAGAGCAAAACGGAAGACCACAGCGAGUCCGGGCAUCCUCUCCGGUGGGGUCCCUUCUCCACCCGAAGAUGACGAAGAGGAAGACAAUGAUGAGCCGUUACUCAGUGGUUCUGGUGAUGUUUCCAAAGAGUGUGCUGAGAAGAUCCUGGAGACCUGGGGAGAUUUGUUAUCCAAGUGGCACAUGAACCUGUGCGUUCGCCCCAGGCAGCUUCCAACUCUGGUGCGGAGUGGCAUCCCUGAGGCGCUCCGGGGGGAGGUGUGGCAGCUACUGUCUGGUUGCCACAACAAUGACCACCAGGUAGAGGAAUACCGCACUCUUAUCACAAAGGAAUCCCCGCAGGACAGUGCCAUCACUCGAGACAUUAACAGGACGUUCCCAGCUCAUGACUACUUCAAAGACACUGGAGGAGAUGGGCAAGAUUCCUUGUAUAAGAUCUGUAAGGCAUACUCUGUGUAUGAUGAGGAGAUUGGCUACUGCCAGGGACAAUCCUUCUUGGCUGCUGUGCUACUGUUGCACAUGCCAGAGGAGCAAGCCUUCAGUGUGCUGGUCAAGAUCAUGUUUGACUACGGCCUCAGGGACCUGUUCAAGCAAAACUUUGAAGAUCUUCAUUGCAAAUUUUUCCAGCUGGAGAGACUCAUGCAGGAAUGUAUUCCAGAUUUGUACAACCAUUUCCUGAAUGUGGGUCUAGAAGCUCACAUGUAUGCCUCCCAGUGGUUCCUCACCCUCUUUACAGCCAAGUUCCCGCUCUACAUGGUCUUUCAUAUCAUCGACCUGCUACUAUGUGAGGGCAUCAGUGUGAUCUUCAAUGUGGCUCUGGCACUUCUCAAGACUUCAAAAGAUGAUCUGAUCCAAACAGACUUUGAGGGUGCCCUCAAAUUCUUUCGCGUUCCAGUUCCUAAAAGGUAUCGCUCUGAGGAAAACGCCAAGAAACUGAUGGAGCUGGCCUGUAGCAUGAAGAUCAGUCAGAAGAAGCUGAAGAAAUUUGAGAAGGAGUACAACACCAUUCGGGAACAGCAGGAGCAGCAGGAGGCUCCCAUCGAGAGAUAUGAGAGGGAGAACCGUCGUUUGCAGGAGGCCAACAUGCGCUUGGAGCAGGAGAACGACGACCUGGCACACGAGCUGGUCAGCAGCAAGAUUGCGCUGCGUAAAGACCUUGACAAUGCUGAGGAGAAGGCUGACGCCCUGAACAAGGAGCUGCUGCUGACCAAACAGAAACUAGUGGACUCUGAGGAUGAAAAGAGACGACUGGAAGAAGAGUCGGCACAGCUGAAGGAGAUGUGCAGACGAGAGCUUGACAAGUCGGAAUCCGAGAUUAAGAAGAACGGCUCCAUUAUCGGGGAAUACAAGCAGAUCUGCUCCCAGCUGAGUGACCGGCUGGAGAAACAGCAAGCGGCCAAUCGGGGAGAGCUUGAGAAGAUCAGGGCCAAAGUGGAAGGCUGUGACAAAUGCAGCGCCCUUUUUAACAAGGAAGGUCGUGUUCGGGUGGCGGCGACUGCGGCACCCCCCGGAGGCGGCGAAGAGACGGAUGAGGAGAAGGAGGGUUUGAAGAACCAGCUGAGGGAGAUGGAGCUGGAACUGGCACAGACCAAACUGCAGCUGGUGGAGGCUGAGUGCAAAAUCCAGGACCUGGAGCACCAUCUUGGUUUGGCUCUCAACGAGGUCCAGGCGGCCAAGAAGACUUGGUUCAACCGAACGCUUAGUUCCAUCAAAACAGUCACGGGCACCCAGGGCAAGGAGACCACCUAACCCGCUCGGGGUCUCAUUUGUGUCACCCAGAACUUGAACGCUUCUCACUUUCAUCCCAGGGUGAGCAUCGGUGCGGAACGCCCCGCGCCAUUUUCCUUCCUUCCCUCCCCCCUUUGAGGCCCAUGACUACAACCAAGUGCACUGACGUAAGGGGCUUUCAAAAAAAUGAAAAAAAAAAAACUUUGUUGCCACUCCCCCAGCCUGAGGUGUCACAUCCAUGCACUGUUUGGUUUGUGUCCUUGUUACUGCUGAUAUGAACCAACAACGGGGGGGUUCGGUUGGAUGUAACUGUAACCAUGGUAACAUGACAGGCACACUUUCUCUCUCCUUCCUCCCUCUUAAAAUAAAAUUUAAAAAAAACUACUGGCACAAUCUAAAAGACAAUUUUCGGUACAAGACCUGUUAGGUGAUUUUUUUUUUUUUGUAAUGUACAACUUUUUCUUUUGUCUAUGUAUGUUCUGAAUGUGUUUGUGUCGAGUGCGUGCGUGAAUGCUUUAAUAACGGACUGAUUCCAAGUGUGUUGUGUAGGAAAUAGAGAGGAAAAAGCACUAAUGCAUUGAUGGAAGAUAAGACGUCAUGUUUAAUGUUUUAACGUGUGUGUGUGUGUG